UUAACAUAACCACAACAUUUUACAAACAGAUUUAAGUUUGAUAUUUUAUCCGUGUUCAUAUUUUAUAGUAUACUUUGUUAAUAUGGAAAACAAAAAAGAGGUAGGACUCUCUAAGGCGAUAUUAGAAAUGAAAUUUAUGAAAAAAACGAAAGAAAAAGUCCAAAAAGAAAUAGAAGAUGCUGAAGGGCAAGCUAUGUAUUCAAAUGAAAUUACAGAAGAAAUGAGACGUAGUGGAAACUUGGUAUUCAUUGAAACUAGUAUAACUAAUUGUAAAAAUUUAAUUGAUGGUAGACUUUCUUUUGGUGGAAUGAAUCCUGAAACUGAAAAACUAAUGGCUAAUGAUUAUGUUCAAUUGUUAGAAGCCCAAGAAAAACUUAAAGAAAAAGAUAUUACUGAUGUAGAGAUGGCUCAAGGAUAUUCAUCUGUGGUAGAGACUAUUGGAAAGAAAUUUGCUUCGAAACAGUCAAAACCAAAACAUAGGUUUAAAAAAAAAGUUUUUGUUAAACCUGCCAAUGAAGCUCAGUUCUAGAAUACCUAGAAUAGUAAUUUAAUGGACAUAAAUACUUUUUAAAUUUA